AGUUGGGGACUGAGGUAGAGGCAGAAAGUCAAAGACUAGCGGACAAAGAGAAAGUUUGUGACUGCAAAACCCAGCCGCGUGUACAUAGUUCAGUUUGCGGUCCCCUCCUUAUCUCUCCAUUCAGUGUCUCAGGCUGGCCUCAGAUUCAGAGCAGGCACUGGGUUUCGGUUACCCCGGAGCCAAAGAUGGGGUCCCGGAAGAAAAACUGAAUAGAGAGGACCCUGGGACAGUCUCCUCUUGAGGCCGCCCGGAGCGGCCUUGCGCCGGGUCCCACAGGUUGCUCGCUAAGGUCGAGGUGGUAUCUGGGGCCGCGGGGCCAACUUGGUAUGCUGGCGGGAGAGUUUGGGGAGACUCUGGGGAAGGCAGAUGCAUUUGGGGUGCCUGGCUUGUGGGUGCUCCAGGGACUCCUGUUUUAGAAUAUGAGCCAGGCGCAGAAGGGCUAGGUACCAGGCGUAUGCACAGAGCAGCAGCCUGCUCGCCACCUCCCCAAAGGGCGAUCACGGCACACUCUAGGGCUACUCCUCCGUGAGCAACAUGAACGCCGGCCUGGGGAUGAACGGCAUGAACACUUACAUGAGCAUGUCGGCGGCUGCCAUGGGCAGCGGCUCGGGUAACAUGAGCGCCGGCUCCAUGAACAUGUCGUCGUACGUUGGCGCGGGCAUGAGCCCGUCCCUGGCUGGCAUGUCCCCCGGGGCAGGCGCCAUGGCGAGUAUGGGCAGCUCGGCCGGGGCGGCUGGCGUGGCGGGCAUGGGGCCGCACCUGAGUCCGAGCCUGAGCCCGCUCGGGGGGCAGGCGCCGGGGGCCAUGGGCGGCUUGGCCCCCUAUGCCAACAUGAACUCCAUGAGCCCCAUGUACGGGCAGGCGGGCCUGAGCCGCGCCCGUGACCCUAAGACGUACCGGCGCAGCUACACGCACGCCAAGCCACCCUACUCAUACAUAUCGCUCAUCACCAUGGCCAUCCAGCAGAGCCCCAACAAGAUGCUGACUCUGAGCGAGAUCUACCAGUGGAUCAUGGACCUCUUCCCCUUCUACCGGCAGAACCAGCAGCGCUGGCAGAACUCUAUCCGCCAUUCGCUAUCCUUCAACGACUGCUUCCUCAAGGUGCCCCGCUCUCCCGACAAGCCCGGCAAGGGCUCCUUCUGGACCCUGCACCCCGACUCGGGCAACAUGUUCGAGAACGGCUGCUACUUGCGCCGCCAGAAGCGCUUCAAGUGUGAGAAGCAGCUGGCUCUGAAGGAAGCCGCGGGCGCUACAGGCGGUGGAAAGAAGGUGGCCGCCGGGGCUCAGGCCUCGCAGGGUCAGCUCGGGGAAGCCUCCGGGCCGGUCUCCGAGACUCCGGCGGGCACCGAGUCACCCCAUUCAAGCGCCUCUCCGUGCCAGGAGCACAAGCGAGGAGGGCUGGGGGAGCUGAAGGGGACGCCGGCCUCAGCGCUGAGUCCCCCGGAGCCGGCGCCCUCGCCGGGGCAGCAGCAGCAGGCCGCAGCCCACCUGCUGGGCCCUCCCCAUCACCCGGGCCUGCCGCCCGAGGCCCACCUUAAGCCGGAGCACCACUACGCCUUCAACCACCCCUUCUCCAUCAACAACCUCAUGUCCUCGGAGCAGCAGCACCACCAUAGCCACCCCCAUCACCAGCCCCACAAAAUGGACCUCAAGGCUUACGAACAGGUGAUGCACUACCCCGGCUAUGGUUCCCCUAUGCCUGGAAGUCUGGCCAUGGGCCCAGUCACGAACAAAGCGGGCCUGGAUGCCUCACCCCUGGCCGCGGACACCUCCUACUACCAGGGGGUGUACUCCCGGCCCAUUAUGAACUCCUCUUAAAACAGAUGCGGCCUGGCUAGCCCUGGACAAGGACAAGAGAGGAAGUGGGGGGAGACCUUGAGGUAGGGGUGUUGGAGAGAUGCAAGGAAGAAGAAAUCCAUUACAUCCCCACCGGAGGACAGCAGUCUCCCCUUACUCUCUGUAGCUCUUCCCUCCCAAACAGAUGGGCCACACUGAUAUGUAUCAUUCUAUAUAUGGAGGGAAGAGGGUGGAGAUAAACAGUAAAAUAGAAAAAAGAGAAAACAGCCCCCGGUUUCCACUAUUGUAGACGCCUGCUUCUUGAAGCAUCUGGGAAUUCUGAUUUUGUUGUUGUUUUCCUCCAUUGCUGUGUUGCAGGAAAGUCUUACUUUAUAAAACGAAACAAACAAAUCCAACAAACUUUUGUGACUCAGUGUAAAACCAUGUAGUUUUAACAGAGAAUCAGAGAGUUGUAUUAUUGUAUAAAAAGAAAAAAAAUUAUGUAAGGGUCUGUUGUGAAUGACCAAGAAAAAAAAAUGCAUUCUCAUUCCUAACACGGUGAAAUCCAGGUCUCGGGUCUGAUUAAUUUAUGGUUUCUGUGUGCUUUAUUUAUGGCUUAUAAAUGUGUGUUCUGGAUGCAAGGACCAGAGUUCCACAAAUCUAUAUUAAAGUGUUAUUGGCGGUUUUAU